UUUGAGUUCAGGAUGCGUUGCAGGUGGAUCUGUUGCCUCUUAGCGCGAUGACUGCAGACUGUGGAUCUCGGUGACAGGGUCCAGCCGUGGCUGGACUCACGAGGCUGCUGAAGAAUCCCCACGUGAAGCAGUUAUGAGGCCAUAUUUGGCGCUUCAGCCUGCCCUCGGUGUGAGGAGCGUGGUUCAACGGCUCUAAACUUAUCAAUCGAGUUCUACGACAGCAUUCAGACACCUGUCUUUGCUCUGCCGAGCUAGAUCCCUGUUUUUAUUUCUUUUCAUACCUAUUCCAAGUUUGCACUAUGGCCACUCAUCCGAAAAUUGACGAGUUGCACCGCGAGCUCCUCGAAGAGGGGCUCAAGAUGCGCCGUGCCGUCCUCGGCCACGAGUAUGUCGACCGAGCGUGGAACAACGCUACGCCAUUUACGCGGCCAGGACAGCAGCUCAUCACGGAGUACGCAUGGGGCAACGUGUGGCAGCGCCCCGGUCUGGACAGGAAACAGCGCAGUCUUUUAACAAUUGGCAUUAUUAUUGCACAAAAGGCGUGGCUAGAACUGGCGCUACACACUCGCGGCGCGAUCAACAAUGGUGUCUCAGAACUGGAAAUUAGAGAGGCUGUGUUGCACUCAACAGUGUACUGUGGCACACCUGCUGGUGUCGAGGCGAUGAUGGUGACAGAAAGGACGAUUAAUGAAAUGAUCGAGAAGGGUGAAUAUACGCGACCUGAGGAAACCGGGCUUUAAGUUAGAGGACUGGGAAUCGAAUCCAUCCUCACAACAUGAGGAAUCUUAUCUUGUAUGAUUGUCACGAAAUAGAUAGCUUCUACCAUUUGAUCAUAUUUUCGAAGC